AUGUCAAUUGCCCGUAUCUUCUCUCGCUCAAUUCGUCCUAUUAUGGGAUUAAGACAGGCGUCAACUGAUAUCUCUCAACUUUUUGAACAAUCGGAGCAACCAAAAGGGCAACCUGUGUAUCAGGAUGAUGUGGAGAGUAACCAGCAGUCUGGUGGGUAUGGAAGUGCUUAUCCUCAGCCACAACGUCGCAUGAACAAAGGGGUUAAUCGUGUCGAAUUGCUUGGUGGAGUUGCUGGCGAUCCUGUUUACAAGGUUACACAGAGAGGCAGCGAAUUCGCUUCGUUCAAUCUUUACACUAAUGUUGAUCGCAAAUUGGGGAAUGGCAAUAUUGUGACCAAUACUGAGGUUCAUAAUGUUGUUGCUUUCGGUGGGGUUGCUAAAUAUAUACAACAGAAUCUUCAUCGAGGUUUUCGUUUAAUUUCAUCUCUUAACAUAUUCAAUGUUCUAGGUUCGCGUGUAUAUAUCACUGGUCGUCUUCAUUAUAAUGGUGGUAUGCUUCUCGCGGAUGGGACUCGUACACCGCGAAUGGCUUCAAUUAAUGUUGAAAAUGUUUAUCCAUUAGCGCGUUCUCUUCGUCGUGAUUCUGCUACUCAGGAAGAAUACCAGCAAGCUAACGAUACGGAAGUUUAA